AUGAAUCCUCACCAGCAAAAUAAAGUUGACACCAGCUCUCUGAGCCCAGAUGAGCAACGGCUCCUGCGCAUGUAUGGCAAGAUGCCGAACAAGAAGGACCUCCUUCAGAACAAGUUGAAGGAGCGUAAAUACUUCGACUCCGGCGAUUAUGCCUUGAGCAAAGCCGGCAAAGCCUCCGACGUCGGCGUCACCAACAUCGGUUCCCAGCAUCCUGUCCCCGAGAACAUCCCUCAUUUGACCGCCACCUCGCCCGGUGCCAACAACCCCGCUGCGGCCAGCAAUGGUUCGUGUACCAGUGCCCAAGGACAGCAGAUCCCUGGCAGCAUUAGCGGUCAUCCGGGCUCCGUGGGAUUCCAGAGCAGAAGCCCCGCCAAGGAGGGCAGCUAUUUGCAGCGUGAGACGAGCGCCGAAGGAUUUGAGAGCGAUAACAAGGACAAGGACGCAGAGGAUCCCAGUGUGAGCCCGCCGCCUGCUCGUGGUGGCGUUCCCAUUCGACGAUAG